GCUAUCUGGGUGACUGCUGGCUAGUGUCCUCCUUCGCGGCCAUCGCCGAGUUUCCGGACCGCCUGCGAUCAUUGUUUAAGCAGACGACCCUUGCCGAGGAUGGAAGGUACGACGUGAGGCUGUACGAUCCACUUGCAGAAGAGUGGGUGGUGGUCACCAUUGAUGACCGCCUCCCCUUCUCAAAGAGGCCAGGCAGAUACGGGAACCUUUGCUUCGCCAAGCCCACGAAAGAGAACGAAUUCUGGACAUGUUUGCUGGAGAAGGCAGUCGCCAAAUUUGUGAAAUCCUACCACCGCCUGGAUGGUGGCUUUGAGUGCGUUGCGAUGGAGAUGCUGACAGGAAAGCCAUCCCUGUGUGUAGCUCUGGACACUGCAGCGAAUGGCACGCACAGGCCGUUCACUUAUGAAUGUGGCCGAGAACCCUUCACAGCUCGCCACGCCACAGUCCGCAUGCGGAUUGAAGCUUUUGAUGCGCAGUG